AUGGAUGACAGAAUCUGGAAGGAAGGUGUUGCUAAAAGAGAGGCAAGGAGGAACGCCUCCCAAGGUCAUAAUGCUAAUGAUCAGAAUAGGAAAGGAAGUGACCAGGCAGGGCAGUCAAGCCAAGAAAAGAGGGCCAGAGAUAAUAAGGGAAAUCAUGGCAAUGGUAACAAGGAAUGGGUAUGGUACCUAGAAUGUGAUAAAUGUAAGAAACAUCACCAAGGCAAAUGUCGGGCAAACGCGUGCUAUGGUUGUGGCAAGGAAGGACACAUCAAGAAAAAUUGUCCACAAAAGACUCAGGAAGGGGUUAAAGAGCACCACAUGAAGGACAAUAAUCUUGUUCCAACACGUGUGUUCGCUCUCACCAAGCCUCAAGCAGAAGCAAGCACUUCCGUGGUCUCAGGUCAGAUUUUUAUCGCUGGAAUUGAUUGUCAUGUUUUAAUUGAUUUUGGAGCCACUAAUUCUUUUGUUGCUAAGAGAAUAGUGGAUAGUAAUAAACCUCAUGAGAUGCAUGCUAAUGGGUUGGGACCAUGUUACCAACCGGGAGGCGGUAAUAUCUAG